AUGAGCGCUAUUGAAAUUAUGGAUCCAAGAAUGGACACAGGGAUGUUGAUAGAAGAAAAGCCCAACAAAUUCGACAUAUUGGAAAAGUUGACAGGGGAAGAAACGUUGGGUAUAAUGGAUAGAUUAUUGACGAGAGAAAUGGCUUGGAUAUCAGGCCACUCUUUAUCCCAGACUGUAUACACAUGUAUCUACUUCCACCAUAUCCAGACCUUGAAUGGACUACCCAUGCCCACACUCACCUCCGAUUUUGAAAGUAUUAUUUAUGGAGUACUAAAGACAUAUGUACUGGCUACUGAAGAGGAUUUCACUACGAAUCUGUUUGGACUAUCGUUCAAUGAGCAAAAUCCAGAUGUGGCUAUUUUCAAUGAUAUCGACUCCUCCAUCAUGUUACUAAACCAUGUAUUAAAUACAAGCCUUUCUGAGAAACAAACACACGUUGUAAAGGAGAUUUUAAACAGAAUGGAGAUCCGUAAAUCCUUUCUUUUGUCACUAGUCUUUUUAUCUCAAAAUGAAGGGUCACAUUUACCGCAAGCGAAAAAAGAAUUGUCUAGAGUUAUGCGUCUGUUAGAUAGCGUGGAUUUGUCAUUGGGUAAAGACGUCCCGGAUGCAUUCGAUUCCAACAUCAAUCGAAAACUAACCUCACAAACCCCACCUCGACCCAAUAAUUUCGCUAGUUUUGGCUCGACUCAACCUUAUCCCGAUGCAUUUUCAAGAUCGAAAUUGAAUACACUCUUCUUCCAUAAUCAACGUGUAUUUGGAACGUUGCCUGUCCCCAGGUUAAUCCUAGCCUCAGUAGAAGAAAUAGUCAGACCUCCUGCAUGGUGGCUUUCUUCGAACCAACUGUACCCAGACAAUAUCGACGGGAAGGAACUCUUGAACGCUCAUGAAACACUGAAAGCUUAUUUAGACAGGAUUUCAAUGGUAACCAUCAACAGAAAUAUAGAGUGUAAGGAUAAUUCGGUCUAA